CGCCCUCUUUCAGGGCUCUUGUGCAGCAUUGGAAGCUUCGCAACUAGCACCGAAAAGCGGACACUGGGAUAGGCGUGACGAGUCGUUCCAAAAGCACUGGAGCGAAUGGGUCUUGUCUGCAAUGCGCUCGGUCAUUCUACCUCAACACUGAGGAGCACCAGCGUGUCCGGCUAUCGUACCUGCUGAAUUGCAUCAGUACCUGAUCGUGGGUAGUGCGGCGGAAGUGCCUUGGCGGGGAUUCAGACGUGGAUUGCGCUGCCAAAGAUCUGCUUAUAAUAGACUACACGAUGCAGAUGCAACGGCUCGAUGCUUCCACCAUCCUACAUCCUCGUACCCGGCAGCACUCGUGCGCUAUCACCUUCCGAGUCUAUUAACUUGAGAAUUGCUCUCUCAAGACCGGGACAUCGACGAGAGCAUGCUCAGCGCUUCUAGUACACCAUCUAGCGCGGUAGACCACACCGAGUCUGACUGCAGACUAGACACUUUCAAUUUCUGUUCAAUGGCGUCAUGUCAGCGUAGCGAUGACUUUGCCGAGAAGCAUACUGCCUGCCUUCGGACUGAAUCUGUCGCAUCGGCGCAUGAGCUCAACAGUCUGCCGCCAAUGCAAAGACUGCCAUCACCGUCAGCUCACUGGCAUACUUGUCUUCCUGAGGUCGCGCGAGGUCAUCGAACUGCUGAAUGUCUUGUCGUUUUGAUAGUAGGUGCAGGUUUUGUGGGGGAACAUCUCAUCGAUUGCUUCUCUCAGGCUUUUCUUACAUUUGCUUUGGACCACAACCCGCACCGGUGCUCCCACCUCCGCGCUCGCUACGCGCGCAACGCAAACGUCCACAUCAUUUCGCACGUUGAUGAGGAACAACGAUCGAAAGAAUUUGAUCUAUGCCUCAUCUCUGUGCCGACCCUACUAUUGGCAGAUCAAGUAUCGGUUGAUACCCAGGACAUCGUCAGGGCCGUUCGAGAUGUCGGCAUCCAUGCACGUCGUGGCUCCGCCGUGGUGAUCGAGUCGAGCGUCAAGGUCGGGACCAGCCGUCAGCUCUUGGAACCUCUGCGAAAGCGGGGAGUCUACGUCGGGUAUUCUCCCGAGCGGGUUGAUCCUGGACGAACCUACCCGAUAUUUCGCGACAUCCCCAAGCUCGUCGCUGGUAUUGACCAGGAAUCCCUGGAUCAGAUCAAUAAGUUCUACCAGCGUGUCUUUACAACGACCGUACCUGUACGCUCUUUGGAAACAGCAGAGAUGACUAAGCUCUUUGAGAAUUGUCAACGGCUGCUGUUGAUCAGCUACGUCAAUGAGAUUGCGGACACCUGUGCCGAGCUAGAUAUCGACAUACAUGAUGUCUGUGAGGCAGCCAGAACCAAACCAUUCGGGUAUGUGCCGUUCUUCCCUUCACUGGGGGCUGGCGGGCACUGCAUUCCCGUCAAUCCAUGGUACCUCUUGGCGGACGGCCACAAUCUGCCCACGCUUCGACAAGCCGCCCUAUCGAAUCAGGAACGCCCUUUGCAAAAGGCCAGAGAGAUCUUCCAGCUGGCAACGGAAGCAACAGAUGAACAUCAGCCCUGCAUUGAGCCCAAACUCCCGAGGAUCCUUGUCUAUGGCAUUGGCUUCAAAAAAGGUUCUUCGUCUUUGGCAUAUUCAUCAGCCGCACUACUGGCAGACGAGCUCACCUCGAUGGGCGCUUGUGUCAAAUACUUUGACGAGGCAGUCAACACUGGGCGCUGGCCAUCGCUGCGCCGUGCCGACUUGCAUGCUCAAGUGACGCGCCCGGAUGGCAGUUCCUGCCAAUUGCUAGACGCUGAAUACGACAUUGUGGUCGUGACUCAGUCUCCGGAUGCAAGAGACCGAGGGCCGUUACGAGGACUCGAACGCUGCCGUGUCAUAUACUUCGCUCCUCGAUGAACAGCCGCU